UAUGUAUUCUCAUUACAAUUAAUAAGUUAUGACUGUUACAUUCAAUCUGUUUUCUUUUGUGGAAUAUGCGGCCAUUUUAUUUUAAUUAAUGACAUGAAAUAUUAAAAACAUCUAAUCCAUUUAAUUGUAUUUUUUUAACAUUUAAUUUUAUUAAGAAAGAAGAUGUGAAUUGAAACGAAUGAGAGUGCUGCAUUGUGUGUACAAUAGUUUGCUGAACGCUUAAAAUAAUAAAAGGAUCCGGCACUCGUGGCAGUUUUAGCUGCUAUACUUUUAUACCGACAAACAAAUUGAUAUGAUAUCAAAUAAGGAAAAAGAGAGAUAGGACAAGAAGAGUGAUAUAUCAUUAAAGAGAGAAACCAAUACCUAUAAAAGGAAAAGAAAAAGACACGAUAUCAAGUUUAUCUCAUUAACAGGUUUGAAGAGCCUAAAGUUACAAAUCAUCAUCCAAAGUUAUUCAUCAAAGUUGACAAUAAAACACUCCUAAAAUGGCUCUAAGUCCUGGAGAUCCGAGCUCUUAUGCGAGGCCAGACCUUGCAGUUGUAACUCAUACACAUCUGGAAUUAAUUGUUGAUUUUGAUCGAAAAGUCCUUAAAGGCAAAGCAAUAUUAGAUAUAGAAAAGACAUCUUCAGCUAAUGAAAUAAUUUUAGAUAAUCGCAAACUUGUCAUAUCAAAUACUACAAAUACUGUCGAUGGAUCUGAUUUAAAACAUUCCAUAGAAGCUGAAGUUGAAUUUGGAAGUAAAUUGGUUGUUCAGCUACCACAGACUGGUGGAGAUAAUAAUACUAAGUGUAAAAUUGAGAUUGCGUAUGAAACAUCCCCAGAUGCUACUUCAUUACAAUGGUUAACAGCUGAGCAAACUGCUGGUGGUAUACAUCCUUAUUUAUUUUCGCAAUGUCAGGCUAUACAUGCUAGAUCCAUGUUUCCUUGCCAAGAUACACCAUCUGUCAAAUCUACAUACUCUUCUAAGAUUUCUGUAUCAAAAGAUCUUACAGUUGUAAUGUCUGCACUUUUGGAUAAAGUAUCAGAGAGUUCAGACAAAAAAAUAUAUGAAUUCCAUCAGCCAGUACCAAUACCAUCUUACUUAGUGGCUAUUGCUGUGGGUGCACUGGUGUCAAAACAAGUUGGUCCUAGAAGUAAAGUCUGGGCUGAAAAAGAAUUUAUUGAUCAAGGUGCAUACGAAUUUGGAGAAGCUGAAACAAUGUUGCAACUUGCUGAACAAUUGUGCGGUCCUUAUGUUUGGGGCAUGUAUGACAUACUAGUGCUACCGCCAAGUUUCCCAUUUGGUGGAAUGGAGAAUCCCUGUCUGACAUUUGUGACGCCAACCAUACUUGCUGGAGAUCGUUCUUUGGCUAGUGUCAUUGCUCACGAAAUCUCACAUAGCUGGACAGGAAAUUUAAUUACAAAUGCAAAUUUUGAACACUUUUGGUUGAAUGAAGGUUUUACUAUGUUUAUAGAGAGGAAAAUUAAUGCAAGAAUGUUUGGUGAAAAAAUGAGACACUUUGAAGCAUUGCAUGGUAUUGAAAGUUUGAGGGAAGAGAUUAAAAAUCUUGGUGAAACCAAUCAAUUAACGAACUUGAUACCAAAUUUGAUUGGUGUCGAUCCUGAUGAUGCGUUUUCGAUUGUACCUUAUGAAAAAGGACAUACAUUUCUAUUUUAUUUGGAGCAGCUUUUAGGCGGACCAGAAAUGUUUGAACCAUUUCUAAAAUCUUAUUUGAAUACAUAUAAGUACAAAAGCAUAAAGACUGAUAUUUGGAAAGAUUAUUUAUAUCAGUAUUUUUCGGAGAAAGUCGAGUUACUAAAUUCUGUCGAUUGGGAUACAUGGCUUCAUAAACCGGGUAUGCCACCUGUGAUACCCGAUUAUGAUAAGACUUUGACAAAUGCAUGUACUGAAUUAGCAAAACGAUGGAUUCAAUGGGACAAAAGUACUGUUUCACCUUUCGUCAAAUCGGAUAUAGAGAGCUUGUCUCCUGGUCAGAAAGUAACAUUUUUAACCAGCCUGCACAAAUCACCUACUAUUUUAUCACUUGACAAGAUACAGCUGAUGGCAGAUACUUAUCAAUUGGACUUGGUGAAGAAUUCUGAGAUACGGUUUGUUUGGUUGCGCUUAUGUAUCAAAAGUCGAUGGGAACAAAAAGUUUCCAAUGCUUUGGACUUUGCCACUGAACAAGGACGCAUGAAAUUUGUUCGUCCUAUAUUUCGAGAUUUGUAUGAAUGGCAAGAGAUGCGUCAGAGAGCAAUUGAUGUAUACUUGAGCAAGAAAAAUAAGAUGAUGUAUGUGACUGCACAUAUGGUGGCGAAGGAUCUUCAUCUGAAUGACUAAACAAGAUAUUUUAUAAAAUAACGCGAUAUUAAUGACUAUAAGAAUGUAUCGCAAUAUUUUCCUUAUUAUUAUAAUGUAAAUAUAUAAAUUGAAAUAA